GAUUCAGCGGCGGGCCCGGCGGAGCGGCUGGGAGUGUGUCUGCCUUAGCCGGGCGAGCGGGCGCUUGUCUCUGGCUCCGUGGCUGGGCGCCCCGUCACGUAGGUUACGCACACAAAUCACUCCCUAGGGUCCGCCCAGGCAGCUGCGCCCUCCCACACCCGGCACCCCGGGGCGUGGACCACGAUGGUGCGAGUCGGGGGCCCGAGAUGGAGCUGACCCGUGGCUGAGAAGAGCCUGACCGAGUCGGGGGCCAACCACGAAGCCCUUCCCCGCCCGUGGGGCACUGGGCUCCCGCCCGCGAUUUCCAGCCGUCUGGGUCACGCUACUCGCUGGAAGCCCUGAACUCCGUGCCCCAAGCCCAGGGCCCCCUGCGGGAAUGUUCAAAAAUGAGUAUCAGGGAGGCGCAUUUGUUGAAAUCUUUAGUGCUCAGGGAAAAAAUCCUGGAGCAAAAUGGAAGAUCCUUGGCAGUCCAUCUGUAAUUUGGAAAGAGUUUGAUAAAGAAGUUAAAAGUUUUGUGUUUGUCCUGGAAGGCAGCAGCCAGACAAACAAAAUUCAGCUGCCAAAGGAGAAUAAGCAAAUCCUUGGACUGAUCCAGAGGUUUCUUGUACUUCAGAUUUACAUACCCAUGGGACAGGACUUCUCCACUGAAUUGCUAAUUACUGAUUUAGGGAAUAUCAAAAGAAGAUUGUACUUAUCAACGGUCCAUAAAGAAUUGUCCUCAACCCCUCUUCAUGCAAAAAUUCCACUCUUCAUGAUCAAGCGCAAGAUUUGGUGCAACCUAUGCAUUGACUUGGUGGCAUUUACCAGUGAAAUAUUCAAGGGAGCAGUUUUCCAGUCACUGGACGGAAUUAUUGUCUCAGCUAACUGCAAGCUGCGGAAGAUCUUCACUUUGAAGUCUAAGCCUCCAGACACGGCUGAUAAAGACGCUGGAUUUGGUGUUCCCUUUCCAACAGAUGAACCUACAGACAUUAUUCCACGAAGCUGCCAACUAACGACAGAUGUUCCACAAGUCACACAGCUGCUAAACAUGACUAAACUCCGCCAAACUAUAAUAAAAUUUGGAGGUCAUCCUCUAAGUUCAGCAGAAUCAGAUCAGUUCAUUAACAGAGGAACAGGUAAUGUGCGGAACAAUAAAAAUCAAGAUGUUUGUCAUAUUGCCUUUGGAUCCAGAGUUCUUGGACCACCUCCGCUCUCUGGCAGAAGAAAUAACAUGAGGAUAUCCAGUGAGACAAUAAGAUCUGUUGGGUCCAAAACGAACCGAGCAUGCCAGCUGUCCACAGUAGAGAAGUGUGUAAACAGUGCCGAAACGUCAGCCUUGUUGACAUCUGAGUCUGAGGAGCAAGGAGACAAAGAAAAUAUUCGCCACAUAAAGCUGACUGUACCUAUUCGUGCCAAUCUGCAUAUUAUGCAUCCACAUCCCCCUCAAGAACCAUCAGCAGAUAAGAAUAAUAACAGGAGAAGAUUACAGUUAAAAAGCACCAGCAGAGAAAGGACAGAGACACCCAGCGGCAGUUCUUCAGGAAAUAACAAGAAUGAAGAUAAAGCAGCUACCCUCACCACUGUGUCCCAACAAAGAGCAGAGACAGUGAACAUCCGCACUCCAGCACCCCUGUCUUCAGAUCAAGCAGAUGAAUGGAUAUUUCCCGAAAAUAAUGAUCACAUUUCCCAUUUGGCGUCCAGCAAACUGUCUCUACUUCUGGAUGAUGAUUCUUGCCACACUUCACACCUGUGGCUGGAAGCCAGCAAGGAGAGUGAGCAUCACCGACAGGCAGAGGACACUCAGAUGGCUCCAAAGAACAUUUUCACGUUUUCAUCAAGACCAAGAUCAGCACCUCAUGGAAAGACUCAGGAUAUAUCCCCAGAGGGGUGCCCAUUUUUUUGGGAUCUGAAAGAGGAUACCAGUGUGAUCCAAUUGGAGGAUGAUUUUUAUGGUGAAGACAGCAGCGAAGAGGGUAACCACAGUGGCCAGGGUUCUCCUGGUCCAACAACUAGUCCUUCAGGGUUAACUCAGUUAACAUUAGAGAGCAUGCUGGGGAAGGCUGCAAGGCGGACAAGUAAAGAAUAUCUAAAAAGUGCCUACACAGAAGCAGAAGCAUCAGAAAGCCAGGAUUCCUGGGCGAAGCAGAUAGAUAGAAACAACUUUCAAAUGAGUUCGGUGCCUACACCAUGCCUUUCUCCCCCUGGAAGAAGGAAUGCAUCCUCUCAGACAGCUCCAGGUCCCAUUAUCAAAGCAAAGGACCCACCAGCAGCCCGUCAAGUGCCAGCUUCGGUAAACAAAACCUCCCUAAAGGAAAUCUCGGAGGAAAAGUUGAGACCGAUUCCUGAAGUAUCAGAAUAUGACUGGAGAAACUAUCAACCCAGCCAGAUGAGUGAAUCCGAGUUGCAAAUGCUGGCAAGCCUGCGGCGGCAACAGAAUGAGGAUCUGGAGGACCCCGGGGACUCCCAUGGCCUGAGUGCAUCCCAGGUGGACAACUGUAACGUCAGCAUAAGUACCAGCAGUGACGACACCACCACCUGGAACUCCUGCCUGCCACCUCCUGUCAACCAGGGUCGGCACUAUCAGAAAGAAAUGAAUCCACCUUCUCCUUCUAACCCCCGGGACUGGUUGGACAUGCUGAGCCCGCCCAUCGUGCCUCCCAGCCAGCAGCCAGCCGAGCAGCACCAGGACUCCUCCGGAAGUGUGACUGCUCAAGGUGAAGAAGACCUGAGUGUGGAAGAGGACGAGGACGUGCUGACUCUUCUGUAUGACCCAUGUCUGAACUGUUACUUUGACCCCCAGACUGGGAAAUACUACGAGUUGGUGUAA